UUUCCUUUUUUGCCAAUGCUUGUCACCAACAAACAGUUGAGUCUUGGACGCUCCCACAGUUGGGACACGUUAGGAGGGAAUGAGGGUCAGUGGGAGAGGGCUGACAGUGUGUAUGAGCAGCAGGCAAGAGUAGCAGGCCGCCGGAGCUCUCUGUCAUACGGAGAGGGAGGAGGGUGGUACGAACCUCCACCAGGGGUGCGUCCCCCUGACCUGGAUUUGAAGCGCGACCCAUAUUCCUACCAAGACUCUCUCUACGGACAGGUUUACGCAGAGCGACACGACCCACGGGGGCUGAGAAAGGGCUCGGUGCCGGAUCUAAACCACUACGAACGAGCGCCCAUGGCUCACCGAGGAUCCAUUCCACCUCAGGAUUACUACUCUCAUGACCCAGCCAUGACUCCUCGGCCACCUGAGGGCUUUUACCGAUCUGAACACCAGCCACCGCCGCCUCAUCCUCAUCCGCUCAGCAGGUCAGGCUCUCAUUUUGGGAUGGCACCAGGAGCUCGUCCUGCAUGGGAUCAAGGUCAGGGGAGGGCAGGACCUCCAGCACCAUCAUCGCCUCUACCUCCUCCUCCCCCUCCUCCAACCGCCCAUGAGUUGAAUCGGGCAUACAGGGAAUCUGGUGCUGUAAAUGUUGCCAAGAUGAUGCAAGAUGGCCAACAGCGCAUCCCAUCUCGAGACCCAUCUCCUGCCCACUAUGGUAUGGAGCACGCUUCUCCUCGGUAUGCUAGUGAGCCUCCUCCUCCUCUGGCCGGUCAGCCGGUCUAUACUGAUGUCAAUGGCCGCCCCCUGGAUCCACAGCAGCAGGCAGCUACAUGCCUUGUGGUAGAUCCAGCCAGUCAAGGAAUGGUUAUGAGGCAAGAGACAGCCUCACCCUACACCAUUCAGCAACAACAGCAGUUACAACAGCAACAGCAAAUACAGCAGCAACAAUUACAACAGCAGCAACAACUGCAACAGCAGCAACUUCAGCAACAACAGAUUCAACAGCAGCAACUUCAACAGCAUCAGUUACAGCAACAACAGAUUCAGCAACAGCAAAUACAGCAGCAACAACUUCAGCAGCAGCAAUUACAGCAGCAACAGCUUCAACAACAGCAGUUACAGCAACAGCAACUUCAGCAAGAACAGUUGCAGCUGCAACAGCAACAGCCCCUGCCACCUCCACCUACUAUGCCGGUCUCCGACCCGAACCUUACUAUGGCGGCUCCACUUCCUGCUCCACCUGCUCCGGUGCAGACUGCAGCAGUUGCUCCAGCGGCACCUGCACCUGUACCUGUGCAGGUUGUCCCAACUCCUGCCCCACCACCGCCACCUACUCCACUUCCUGCUCCACUUCCUGCUCUUCCCCCAACUGCUCCACAGACUCCUUUGCCUGUGGACCCCAAGAAGACAGCUGAUCCCGAGUUCCUUUCUCUGUUGCGAAAUGAAGGUCUUUCUGAGAGCACCAUCUCCUCCCUUAUCCAGCAGGGUUUUGACUCCACUAGCAUGCUAGCUGUUAUGGAGGAGAAUGACGUCCGCACCGUUGCCCCCAACCUUGGGCAGGCUCGUGUACUGUCUCGCUUUAUCCACAACUACAAGCGACCCGUUGAGGCCACACCAGCCCCCUCACAACCCCAGACACCCAUGCGAGGCCGUUCUAAUAGCUUCAGUCAUCGCUCAGACAUUUACCACCAGCAACACCACCACCCGCCCCACCCUCCGCAGGCUUUAGCUGUGGACCCCCAACUAGUGCCCCCACCAACACCUGGGGCCAUGCAAACCAUCUCCCCACGGAUGGGAGAAGUAAUGAGUAGGAGGCCCAGCAGUGCCCCCUCUCAGCACCUCUUGGAAGCCUCUGGUGGCUACCCAGGCCAUCCACCUCGUUCCCCAGGACCGUACGCUGGAGCCAUUAUGCCUGUUCAGUCGAGACCGAUGUCAGCCUACUCAUCUGGGGUGACAAUGCCAGGGGUGCCUAUGCAGGGUAUGCAGAUAAUGCCCCAGCAGAUGACUGGGUCAAUGCCUGCCAUACCGGGAUCUAUGCACUCCAUGCCAGGUAUGCCACAGCAGAUGCCCGUAUCCAUGCCAGCUUUACAGCAGCCACCACAACAGGUACCGAAAGCAUACUCUACCAAUUACACAGUGCCCAUGGAGCUGAUGAAGAGGGACAGGAACUUGCUGCCAUUGUCACCUAUGCACAGCCCUCACCCUAGUCCUCAGCUGGUACGUAAGGGUGGGGGACCUGCAUCAGACAAUGCCCUCGUCCCCGUGGGAGUGCCUGUUCAAGGCCAAGGUGCCCUGAUUGCAAACCAGAAGCUAAGUCGACGUACAGGUCCACCGGUCAUCGUGUCCACUAUGGCGUCUCCAGAUACAAGUAUUCGGCCCCAGAUUAUGAAUGGGCCUAUGCACCCGCGCCCCCUGGUGGCGCUGCUGGAUGGGCGCGACUGCACCGUGGAGAUGCCCAUCCUCAAAGAUCUGGCCACCGUGGCUUUCUGUGACGCCCAGUCCACACAGGAGAUACACGAGAAGGUGCUGAACGAGGCCGUAGGGGCCAUGAUGUACCACACCAUCACCCUGACCAGAGAGGACUUGGAGAAGUUCAAGGCGCUGCGCAUCAUCAUACGCAUCGGCAGCGGUUACGACAACAUCGACAUCAAGGCUGCCGGCGAGCUCGGCAUUGCAGUGUGUAAUAUUCCCUCAGCAGCUGUAGAGGAAACAGCAGACUCAACACUUUGUCACAUCCUUAACCUGUACCGGCGAAACACCUGGCUGUACCAGGCUCUCCGGGAGGGCACGCGGGUCCAGAGCGUGGAGCAGAUCCGGGAGGUGGCAUCGGGAGCGGCCAGGAUCCGAGGAGAGACGCUGGGCCUCAUCGGAUUUGGUCGCUCAGGCCAGGCGGUGGCCAUGCGCGCCAAGGCGUUCGGCUUCAACGUGAUCUUCUACGACCCCUACCUCCAGGACGGCUUGGAGCGCUCGCUGGGAGUUCAGCGGGUUUACACGCUCCAGGACCUGCUGUACCAGAGCGACUGCGUCUCCCUGCACUGCAACCUGAACGAACACAACCACCACCUCAUCAACGACUUCACCAUCAAACAGAUGCGUCAAGGUGCUUUCCUGGUCAACUCUGCACGAGGAGGUCUAGUGGAUGAGAAAGCUUUGGCUCAGGCCCUGAAAGAAGGCAGGAUACGGGGCGCCGCCUUGGAUGUCCACGAGUCAGAGCCCUUCAGUUUUUCCCAAGGUCCUCUGAAAGACGCCCCCAACCUGAUCUGCACGCCCCACACCGCCUGGUACAGCGAGCAGGCGUCCUUGGAGAUGAGAGAGGCCGCCGCCACAGAAAUCCGCCGAGCCAUCACUGGCCGUAUUCCUGACAGCCUUCGAAACUGCGUCAACAAAGAGUUCUUUGUUACGACGGCGCCCUGGGGAGUGAUCGAGCAGCAGCAGCCCCAAGUUCACCCUGAGAUCAAUGGUGCCGCCUACAGGUAGGAGGUGGAUUUGUUAGAAGUCGGCGUCGCUCAGAGAUCACCCGUGUCAUCUCGGCACCUUCAGUAGUGAGGCUUAGCACACGGGGAUAGAGGGAGUCUGAGUGUUCAUAUGUGUGUUUGUAACAGUUCUGACUUUCUUUUCCUGCUGGGUCCGAGUGUUUGUGGCCUGUUUAUACACAGAACUUGGCCCGAAUCAGUUUAUCCCAUGUUCAGCUUAGCCUCUUGGUUUCUCAGUCUCUAUAUUGUCUCAACCAGACUGAACUGCUUCUCUCACACAGCCGAGUGAACCAAACCAUGGUACAGGCCAUAGCAACGGGGGGAAUGCAGGACAAAUUAUAUACCUAAUUCUCAACCAGGUAAAUGAAUACUACCACUGCUGGCCGACAGGCUGCGGCAAAUGAAUAACCUCAUUAAUAAAAGCGAAUCCCAUUGAAAUCUGUAGCCCUUGUCUGCUUCACACUCUAACUUACAUGCUCUGUAACUGUACCCACUUUACCCAGCAUCUCAUCAACCCCCAGACCCCCUGCCCACCCCUGAAAUAAGCACUGCAACACAGCACACAGAGUUCUUAAAGAAGCAGGCAUACACUUGCAAAAUACGCUGCCACUGCUGUUUCAUCAGCAUAUGAAGGAUGAAGAUUGAAAGCAGGCAGGUUUCAGUGGAGGAUCACAUGGAGUCACGUCACAGAUAGUGGUUUGGUGGAGAAUGGGAUGAGGGAACAACACCAGAUUCCAUUGUGGAAAGUUUUACUUUUGUAAACAUUUGUAAAACCUCCUGAGACAAACCACCUGGGAUCAUUAAAGCUCUUUUAUUUGCUAUAAGUGCCACCACUUUCCCUUUACAGCUCCCAGUAUUAAAGGAUCGGUCACCCAAACUAUUAAAGUAUAGAGAGAGAGAGAGAGUUUUUUAAUGAUUGGGGAUAAGUCAUUGCUGAUUAAUUUUCAGUGUUUCACUAGCAGGUAACUUCUUCCAGUUGCCUUCUAUUGUAGCAGUUUCAGUUACCAUAAUCUGGAUUACUCCAUCCAGACUGACAUCCUUCUGUGUAAUUAUUUAACCCUCCUGUUGUCCUCAUUUAUUGGCACCAAAAAGUAUUCCUGUGUCCUUGUCUGAAAAAAUUCAAAAAAUUCAGCAAAAAAAAAAAAAUUCCCCACAUUUCUGAAAAUUUGCAAAACCGUCAGAAAGAAAAUUCCAAUAAAGGUUUUCCUUGAAAGUUUUAUUUAAAAAAAAAAAUCCC